GUGUGCCUCUGACGUGCGUGUGUCUCUGUCUCUAACAGGUGUGUGUCUAUAUCUGUGACAGGUAUCUCUCUGUCUAGCUGACAUCUGAGCCUGUGUUGUGGCUGGGAUUGAGCUGAUGAGGAGACACUGUGAUAUUCGGAGUAUGAGGAAGUGACACGGCGCUUGAGUCGAGAAGCAGGAAACUGGGAGCGGAGCUGACCCGAGGCUUGAAGCUGACCGUGCUCUGGGAGUGAGCUGGACUCCGCGCUGUGCCUAAAGGACGGGGUUUGAUUCCGGGAUCCGAAGCGGCUGGAGCAGCCUGCGGGGGCGAAGGCGGUGCCCGAGGCUGUGAUGCUCCGGCUCAGGCGGUGAGAACUCGGCGGCGUUUCAGACUGAGUCCGGGAACCAUGUCCGCAGCAGCAGCAGCAGCAGGAAAAGAGGCCAGAUCUGAAGUUACAAUUCUCUAUGGAGAGGAUGCAAUCGAAUGGAGCGUUUACCUGGAAAGCUUGCUCACAUCAGCCUUUAAAAUUCUGCCAUACACAGUAAGCGAGCACACUUUGUUUUCAAGCCGGGAUUACAGCCAGUUUAGGAGAUGUAAGUGUCUCUUGGUUCUACUGUCGCCACAGCUUGUGGAGUUGUUGGCACUGCCCAAGCUGGAGCAGGGACUGCAGAGGGCACUACACCCCGGACACAAAGUGGUCCUGCUAUUUUGUGGAGUGACAGAAACUACAGAACUACAGAACUUGUUCAAAGACUGGCAGAAGUGGAAACAAGUAUCAUGUGACGAUGAGCCAACUGUUUUUAUCUCAGUUGUGGAAGAAGCCAUCAAUAAGAGCUACAGCAGAGACUCGGGCUGUGACACAACAGAAUCUGAACAACAAGUUGAGCCUCAAGCCAAGGUGCGGAAUAACAUAGCAAAAUCCACUGUGGAGCUAUGUUCCCAAACUUUCAGAGAGCCACAAGAAAAUACUGUGAAAGUUCUACCGGACAGGAUCCAAUGUGGGACCCCACAGCAGAUUUUUGUUAUUCUGAAGGUCAAACUGGACACCAAAGUAAAAUGUGAAAUUGACUUUGCAUUGGGUGUAAAGGCUUCUGUUCGUGUUCCAGCAGUGUUUGUUAAUGAGUACACAUUAUCCGCACAAACACCAGACAUGCCUUCAGGAUUGAUUACACUCACUAUAUACUCAGGGGAUUUGAAAGUAAGCUCGGCAACUCUAGUUUACUACACUGACAUGGAAGAAAUUGAAAACCUCCUGAGGAAUGCUGUCAAUCCUGUGGAAUUUAUGUGCCAGGCUUUCCAUAUUGUACCGUAUAACAGAGAAACACUGGAUAAACUACUGACAGAGUCACUGAGGAGAAACAUGCCAGCUAAUGGAUUGCACAUAUUUGGAAUUAACCAGUUAGAAGAGGAUGAUCUAUCAACGACUCAGCGAGAUGAAGAGCUCCCGACCCUGCUUCACUUUGCAGCCAUGUAUGGUUUGAAGAACCUGACUGCCCUACUUCUGCAAUGUCCAGGAGCAUUGCAAGCUUACAGCGUGGCCAACAGACAUGGCGAUUAUCCAAACAACAUGGCAGAGAAGAAUGGGUAUGGAGACUUGCGGCAAUUCAUGGAUGAGUAUGUGGAGACAGCUGACAUGUUGAAGACUCACCUCAAAGAGGAGCUGUGCGGUGACAUUGAAGGGGAAGGGAAUGAAGAUCUGUAUGAGUCCAUGGCAAUUGUGUCCAAAGAUAUCUUGAUGAAAUGCACCUUGAACCCCGGCUGUGAUGAGGACAUCUAUGAGUCAAUGAUGGAAAUACUGCCUCCGACAGGGAUUAUGGACAGCACCUAUGAGCCAAUGUCAAACCUGAUGGCAACAGCCCAUGCAUCUACUCGAGUUCCAGAUCCUUUUGGCACCACAACCGAUUGCAUACUAAGGAAAUUCCUGCAAGGGAAUGAGUCUGUGGACCAUGAUGGUCCUGGUGAAAUGGAAGCGGCGGACAUUUAUGAUACCGUGCCAGAUGAUGACUAUCGUCAAGAGACUACAAGCAGACCUCCACUCCCUGUCCCUCGCCAACACACUGUUCCUAAUGUCGAUGAUAUGAAGCCCUACAUUUCCAAAGUGUUCUGCAGUAAAGAGGAGAAGAGACCAGAGAACCUUUACACUACAGCAUUGCGUAGUCCUGCAGGUGGAUCCUCUGGUCCAGCAAUUCCACCACGCAACAAGCAGCCACUAUCUAGAGCUCCAUCCAGCGACUAUGACCCAUUUGCAGGGAUGAAGACCCCUGGGCAGCGCCAGCUCAUCACUUUGCAGGAACAAGUGAAGUUAGGCAUAAUCAACGUGGAUGAGGCUCUCCUGCAGUUUAAGGAGUGGCAACUGAACCAAAAACGCAGAUCUGAGUCAUUCCGGUACCAGCAGGAAAACCUAAAGAAGCUGCGGGACAGUAUCACACGGAGACAGAACCUCAAAGGGAAAUCUGGUAAACAUCAAGGUAGUCUCAGUAGUCGGUCAAGUACACGGAGCAUUCUGAGUUUAAGCAGUGGAGCGGAGGGGGAUAAUGAGGACAAUGAGGCAGUGGACUGUGGGCCCGUGAGCAGGCCUUUGAGCCGACACUGUCCACCCAGUUUACCACCUCCUCGAAUUCCACCUCGCAUACCUCCCAGAAUCCCAACCCAGGCUCCGGCGAAAGUCACUCCUGCUCCACCUGUGCCACCUAGAGGUCGAUAGUCACAUUUCAGGCACUGGGGGAAUCUGCUCCUCUUUCAAUAAUGCGCCAUUUUAACAGAACCUUUCGACCACUUGGAGGGAGACCAGAGGCAUUGUUAAAUUCCAAGCUUCUAAGCUCAAUGUCUGCUGCGGUUUUUGUUUUUUUUUGAUGGUACAUCCCAGUGUGGUUUUGCUGUGAAUUAGCCCGCCAAUCUAUUUAUUUGAUGUUGUAAAUGGUGAGCACCAUCUAGCUGCCAAUCCUGAAAUGGUAGCUAACUGUUUUGACAUGAAACAGAUAUUGGUGUUAUUACUAGACUGUUAUUUCAAAGACCCAGGUAAUGCUUCCACAGAACCAGGUUCGAAUCCCACCAUGGCAGAUGGCGGAUUUUGAAUUCAAUAAAAAAAUCUGGAUGACCAUGAAAUCUUUGCCAAUUGUUGGAAAAACCCAUUUGAUUCACUAAUGUCCUUUAAGCAAGGAAACUGCUGCCCUUACCUGGUCUGGCCUACAUGUGAGUCCAGACUCUCAGCAAUGUGGUUGAUUCUUAACUGCCCUCUGGGCAAUUAGGGAUGGGCCAUACAUGUUGGCCCAGUCAGUGAUGCCCAUGUCCCAUGAAUUAAUUUUUUUUAAAUGGGAUAAUCAGGGACAAAAUUCAUCCAUACCUCAAAUCAAUGACCAAUUAAAUAAAUCAAGUUCAGAGCAGAUAAAGAACAAAUCUUCUUAAAGAGUGCACUUCAGACUGUUUGAGGAUCAUGUUCAAUGCUUCACCAAUUUAAAUUACAGCUGAAGAUUAUCUGAAUGAUUUUGCAGAAUGCAAUUGGUCAGGGUUUCUGCCUGCCUCUGUUUAAAAUUAGAACAAUUAAGUCUUCAAUCCCAUAAAUUCAGCAGGGAGUAUCAGGGUAUAGUGCUUUUGAACCUAAAGGAAUUGCAGUCAGUAUUCUCUGUCUGCCUGGAAACAAAGGGAAUCUCUAAUAUCUAAAAUCCUCAGACAAGAGCUUUCAACAGAGGAACAAAAUGACAAUAGAGAGCAAUGUGGAUGAGACCAUUCCCAUCUUCUGCCCCACUCUCAGAGCUUCCUUGUCCCUGGGUGGUUUUAAUCCCUCCCAUCCUAUUUUGGGGGUCUAGUGGUAGAGUUGGGAUCCCCGUGAACACUUUAGAAUUGCUGUUGUUGUAGCAUUUAUAACCAGCUCUGGGCCAUACUGUCCAGUGCUUAAGGAGAAUGUGCCUGAGAAAGUGUGAGGUCUUGUGAGUGAGAGUGUGUGUUGUGUGAUAGUGUGAGUGAGUGCCAGUAUGUGUGAGUGUGAAGAGUGUCAGUGUGGGGAAUAUGUCUGAGUAUGUCUGUGUGAGUAUGCCAUUGUUUGAAGUUUUUUUUAUCCCUAUGAUGUGGGUACCUCUUGCUGGACCGACCCCUUUAUUGCCUAUUCCUAAAUGUCCUGGGAAAAGUGGCGCUCAGCUGCUACUUGAACUGCUGCAGCGCCUGAGUUGUAAGUAGACUGACCGUGCCAUUAGGAAGUGAGUUUCAGGACUUUAACUCAGCAACACUGAAAAAAAACAGCAAUGUAUUUCCAGGUCAGGAUAGUAAGUGACUUGGAAGUGGAUUUGCAAGUGUUUGUGUCCCGUCCUGUGCUUCCCUUAACUCAUUAGGUGGUAGUUGUCACAGGCUUGGAAAUGUCAUCGGAGGAGCCAUGGUGAGUAGCUGCAGUGCAUCUAGUAGAUGCAGUUAAUGAGCGUCAACAGUGAAGAGAGUGAAUGGGGUGCAAAAAAAAAAUCAAAUGGGAAGGUCAAUGUGCAAGUUAUGAGGACAGUGAGUGAGUGUGCUGGUGUCAGUAUGAAUGAGUGUGUCAGUGAGUUAGUGUGAGUGGAUAAUGUAUUUGAGUCAUUGCUGGUUGAAGCUCAGUUUCACCUGGGGCUGUAAUAUUGUUCCCGAGUUAGUAACUGGUCAUGUUUGGGAGUAUCCUGCCACCUGUGUGGUCCUAACAAAAUGGGUGGCAAUGGCCAAUUUAAAUUCUGCUGAAAAUCUCACAGCUGAAGCUGAAUUGUUUGAUGCCUGUUUCAAAUCCAUGACAAAGUAUAAACUUGCACUUUGAUCAGCUGCAAUUAUUCACAUUCCAAUCCACUGCAAUUUUUUUUUAACUGUAGCCGGAAUAACGUUUUUCUGUUUAAAUACAAUUGUGUUUGGAAAGUUCACAAUGAAGUUCUGAAACUUAAACCUCUCUGGACGUUGUGAGUUUUAUCUGUGAAUUUGGUGCUUGGUGAGAUGAAGAAUUUUAGUCACAGUGUAAGGCUUCCUUUACAAAACAAAGUGCGUCUCUCAAACCCCAGAAGAAUAUUGUCUUCAUGUGAACUUGCUGCAGACAUUGCGUGAGUUUGCCUCAUUUGUGUCGUCCUUUGUUCAUUGGAAAGUUGGAAUCUUCAUGUGAGGAAGAAGAGAGACAUGAGAUGGAAAGAAACUCAGGAGUUGGUUGUGAACGGAGUGGUAAAGUGUACACCUCACAGUCUGGAUGAUCAGAAGAUAAUCAGGAUUCAAAGAGGACAUUUGGCAAGUGAUCAAGUGGUGAACUCUGAAGCUGGUCUGGUGAAUGAAGUUUAGCCUUGCUUCCAAUCCCAGAAAUUCUUAUCAUCUUGCGAAGUUGUUUUGACAUUUUUACAAGAUGACUUGCUGAUCAAUGAUUUAGAUCAGCUGUCUGCUGCAAUGAUCAAACUAAUCUUGAAGCUGAGGCCCAUCACCGUGCACUUUAAUCUUUAUUAAUCAUUUUUAUGUGUAGUCUGAAGAAUUUUGACACUUUAAGUAUAAGGUAUUGUGCUUGGUCAUUGUUCUGUAAACCAAUAUUAAAUAAUUAUUAAAAUACCAUGUCAGACUUUGUGUUAAAUCACAAAAACAAGAGUCACAGUCUUAGUAAAUUA